AUGGAAACCCAACCGACGCCGGCGACUCUCCGACGCGUCGGCUGCUACGACCCACGGUGGGCUUUACUCGAGCGCGACGUCCGACGCAAGCACAAGAAAGGUAGCGAUGAUCAGGGAGACCGGGACGACUCCUCCAACCCCUGCUCCGCCGCCGGCGGCAGCUGCGCCGAGACCGAGGCGAGCUGCCGCAACUCCGCCGGCCAUGUCGUCCGCCUCUCCCUGUGCCGCGAGGCGCCCCCGGCGUCGUCGCGCAUGUGGUACACCUCCUCCCCGAGCCACGACGAAGGAGGAGGGCCCCUGGUGUGCGUCGUCGCCGCCCACCGCGACUCCGUGCUCCUCCAGAUGCACUAUAAAAACGAAGCGCGCCGCGGCGGCGAGUACGGCCUCUAUCACUUCGUCUACAGCGCCGGCGAUGCCGCCGCCGGUGACCCGCCAUCGUUGUCGCUGCUCCCAAUUCACUGGGUUCACUACGGGUUGAGUGACAGGACGCCGAACCGGCUGGACGACGCUAGAACCGGCCUCCUGCGCCGCCGCCGCCGCCGCUGCGGCGACAACGACCUUGUGGUGUCGAAGCUCACCGUGACGGAGGGCGACGACGGAGUGGACGCCGAGCUCCUCGUGUUUCGUUCCGGCGAGUGGAGCGUCACGCCGGCGGAGAUCAUCCACGACGACGGCAAGGCCGACGAGCUAUUCCAUUGGAAGACCGACAUGGUCGUCCCCGUCGGCGACCGGCGGCUGUGCUGGGUCGACCUGUAUCGCGGCAUCAUCCUCUGCGACAUGUUCGACGACGAUGAGCCUCUCCGGCCGCGGUACGUGUCACUUCCCGUCGAGCCCCCCGCCGGUGAAUUCGACGACGACGACUACGGCUACCGCUACUACGAGUACGAGAGCGGCGGCGGCCGCGGCCGCAACCCUCGGCUUUGCCUGAUGAAAGGCUCAAGUUCGUCGACAUCUUCCCCCGCUGCUGCUGCGGAGGCCCCGGCGUCACCACCUGCGACCAUUCCAGCUCCGCCUUCGUCAUCAACACCUGGACACUGA